AUGAUCAAAGAACAAUUUGGACAACCAAGCGUAAUUGCCCGUGCGCUAGUGAGCAACGUCACCAAAGGAGGGAAAAUUGGUAGAAGUGACACGAAGAAAUUGCGAGAGUUCUCGAUCGACCUUAUCAAUUGCAUGGCCACGAUGAAACGCAUUGGAUAUACAGCAGAUAUCAACGCCAACGAAAAUUUACGAAAGAUCAUCACACGCUUACCAAACCACAUGAUUGAAAGGUGGAAAGUCUUCGUGGUGGACAUUCGUGAGAAAGUUCAGACACCUGCAGUCAGCCAUAUAAGUGAAUACGUGAGAAAGAGAGUAAAGGCAGAGUUUGAUCCUGAUUUCGGCGACCUACAAAGAGAUUCGAGACCCCCAAGAAGUGACCAUCCUACCCCGAGAAGAGGCAUCUACGCCGCCGGUCGUGAUUCAAACAGAUCGCCAAUGAAAUGUUACGUAUGCGAAGAAGAGCACCGUGUCAUUGAAUGCCCAGUAUUAGCGAAAGCAUCAGUUCCUGAAAGACUAGAACUAGCGAAGAAAGCAAGACUGUGUUUCUCGUGUUUGAAUCGUGGACACUCCAAAACAUCUGCGACACUUCCAAUUACUUGUCAAAAUAUCGUAAUAUUAUCGUAAAUUUAGAAAACCUCCUCCUUUCCCCCACCAGUGUCGCAGAUGUUUUGUCCAGGAUUGUAGCAUGAUGCCCGUAAUCAGAGCCAGAUUCAGAGUCCCCAACGGUCGAGUUCGUGAAGGGAACGUGUUGAUUGACAGUGGUGCUGGAACGACGGUUACUCGUAAGCAUUUUGAAAAAGAUCUCGGAUUGAAUGGGAAAAGAGAACGGAUCGAUUUAGCGGUAGUCGGAGGAGAGAAAUUAGAGUGCAAGCAGUCAAUUGUCCGUGUCCUAAGUCAAACCUCUCUCUCGAUGAGAAACGAGCCAUGGAGCUAAUGGAACGAUCAUGGAAGCUCGAUGACAACCGUUAUGUAAUCGGUCGUCCGUGGAAAAGAGACAAGAACUUGCUGUCUGAUAACCGUUCCCUAGCAGAAACACGACUUCGAUCCCUAGAAAAGAGCCUCAGCAAGAAUGACGUAAAAGCGAGAAUGUAUGAUCAAGCGUUAAUGCAAUACGCAGAAAACAACUGGGCAAUACCCGUCAGUGAAGAAGAUCUUAAGGUUGAUAGGAAACCAUUCUACUACCUACCACAUCAUGGAGUCUAUCGUCCGGACAAGAAGAGUACCCCGUUACAAGUGGUCUUUGACCCAGCGACUUCCUACCUUGGCAUGUCUUUGAAUUCCUUCCUUUUCAAAGGUCCUGGUCUGAUUGGCAACCUGCUCGGAGUGCUUCUACAUUUCCGUGAAGAACAAGUUGCUUUUAGUGGAGACAUAUCCAAGAUGUUACUUCAGAUCCUACUGUUGGAAGAAGAUACCCAUGUCCAUCAUUUCCUUUGGCAAAACCUUGAUGCGACAAGAGAGCCGACGACAUACGCCCUCCAAAGAGCUAUGUUCGGAGAUAAGCCCUCUACCGACAUGGCGAGCUUUGUCAUGUUGAAAAUGGCAGAAGCAAACGAGAAAGAAUGUCCUCGAGCUGCUACGAUCCUGAAGCGUGAUAGAUACGUAGACGAUCUAAUUCAUUCGUGUCCAAGUACGGACGACGCAGUAAAGAGCAUUGAAGAAGUGGACAAACUUUUGUCAACAAGAAGCUUCAAAAUUAGAGAAUGGUUAUGUUUCUCUACAGUCCAGAAGGCAAAUGAGAGUGAGCAGCUAAAAGUAGCAAAUGGUAGCGAGAAUAAUUCACACCCUGUCACACCAAUUGUAAAUCUGGACGGCGAAGAAGAGAACAAAACGCUCGGUGUAAUAUGGAAUCCGAAGAGAGACGUAAUCGGGUUUGCUUCGAAAGAAGUAAAAGUCGAAAGACUGACAAGGAGAUCCGUCCUUUCAAAUAUCUCGAAACUCUACGACCCACUUGGUUUAGCAUCUGCAGUAACGAUAAAGGCGAGAAUAGCCUUACAGAAUAUUUGGAAAGCAAAGCAAUUUGAUUGGGAUGACACUCUUCCCGAAGUUAUGAGCGACACUUGGAAGAAAUUGUUCAAAGAAAUCGAAAGUCUCAAGAAAGUCGAGUUUCCGAGAUGUCAACCGAAAGAAACAUCUGGUCCUUCCGAGUUGCACGUCCUCGCUGAUGCAAGCAAAUAUGCUUAUGGUGCCGUAGCGUAUUUGGUUUGGACGACCCCCCAUGGUUUCUAUGUUAGUCUUGUGUCUGCGAAAGCAGGAGUGGCCCCACUACAACACACUACCAUCCCGAGACUGGAGUUGAUGGCUGCACUAACCGCGUCUAUACUCGCUCACACCAUUGUUGAAGAAUCCAAGUUAAAGCCCUAGAGCGUCACAUUUUGGUCAGAUUCUACCAUAGUACUCAGUUGGUUAUGUUCGGAAUCGACUUCAUUCAAGCCGUUCGUUGGAGUUUGAGUGGCCGAGAUACAAAAAAGUUGGAGACCAAGUUCAUGGCGAUACGUCCCAUCCGAAGAGAAUCCAGCUUAUGAUUUAAGUCGCGGUAUUACGGUAGAAGAAUUGAGUUCAGGUCGUUGGAUUAACGGUCCAUCUUUCCUCUCGAAGCCAAAGACCGAGUGGCCAUGUGAAAGAAAAACAGAACCGGACGUUCGAAGUGAAGUUCGCAAGAAGAAAAAGUCCCCAAACUCCUUGGCAGCAAUUGUGAAACCCCAACCUCUGUUAAAUCCAGAGCAUUUCUCAGAUUGGGACAGAUUAGUAAGAGUGACUGCUUAUUGUCAACGUUUUGUUAAAAACACUAAGUAUACGACAUAA